AUGCUUGCCAUGUGCCCAAAUACAUCCGAUCUCUUAAUUUAUAAAGUCACUGGCAAGAAAUUCGAGCUUCUUUAUACUCUCACAGAACAUACACAGGUUAUCUCUUCUGUUGACUGGUGCUAUGUUAACAAAAAGAUUGUUACAUGCUCACACGACAGAAACGCUUACGUUUGGACAUUCAACGAAAAGGAGAAAACAUGGACACCAGAGCUUGUUAUCCUCAGACUCAAGCGCGCUGCCACAUACGUUCGCUGGGCUCCAGAUGGCAGUAAAUUCCUUGUCGCUACAGGCACAAACAAGGUUCGUAUCUGCACAUACGACCAGGGCGAGAACAUGUGGAAGUCAAGGACAAUCAACCACAACAAGCCAACAGGCCUUGUUUGCGAGCUCAUGCCAGAUGGCGUCCACUUCAUUGUUUCAUCCACAGAUCGCCGUACGUACUACUUGACCAUGGAUGAAGACGAAGCCGCUGAGAAGGCCAAGGAAGCCGCUAAGAAGGAUAAGAAGGGAAAGGCUGACAAGAAGCCAAUCUAUACAAUCGACUCCUUCCAGGCUCAGGGCUGGGCUAACUGCUGCGCAGUUUCCCCAUCUGGCAAAUGGAUGGCUUACUCCUCUCAGGAUGCCUAUAUCCGCUUUGUCAAGAAGGAAGAACUCAACGUUGAUAAGGCACCAAUGCACACACUUAACAUCAACGGCCUUCCAUUACUUUCUAUGGCCUUCUUAAGUGAGACAUGCCUUAUCGGUGCUGGUUUCGACUGCCAACCACGUCUCUUCUACCUCGAUGGUGACAACUGGACAGAUCUCGGCCUCAUUGACACACAAGCAAUGCGCGACUCCAACACAGGCGCUGCCAAGGGUGGCCUUGCUUCUAAGAUGGCUGCUUUCGGUGGCAAGCAAAGUGCUGCUGCUGGCCCAGCUCAGACAAUUCAUAAUAACAUUAUUCUCGGCCUUCGCGUUCGCAAGGAUGCCUUCACAACAUGCGCUAACGAUGGCAGAAUCGGCGUUUGGCCAUUCGAAGCCCUCAAGAAGAAUUUCAGCGGCAAGAAGCUCUUCUAA